AUACCGCAAAUGAAUUCAGGAGCUAGUGGCCCAUUUUUCACAACCUCAACGGGCCUUGUAGAUAGCGUAGAUAAAAAACUAGUGGUGGUUCUACGUGAUGGCCGCAAACUCAUAGGCAUUCUACGAUCUUUCGACCAAUUUGCAAACUUGGUUUUACAAGAUACCAUUGAAAGAAUAUAUGUGGGUAACUGUUACGGCGAUAUACCUCGUGGCAUAUUUUUAAUUCGAGGAGAGAACGUUGUUCUUUUGGGAGAAAUCGAUCCUGAAAGAGAAGACUUCACAAACUUACAACAAGUGCCAGUUGAGGAUAUCCUCGUUGCACAGCGCGAGGAAUUGGAAUCAAAGCAGAAGCGGGAAAAAAUCAAGAACCAAACAUUGCACGACCGAGGAUUCAGCGUAGAUUACAUGGAGACCGAUCUGUAUUAGCUUUCUUAUUACUACUACCCGUUUCCGUCUCCUUCAACCGAUUUUCUUCUAAUGUACAAUUUUUUUUUAUAUUUUUUUUGUCAUGUAUUGUUUUCAAAUGAAGCUGACGUUACAUUGGGAAUCGAGAACUGUUAUCGCAUAUGAUAUCAAUGUCGCCCAUCACAGUGUUCCAAACAUCUUGAUCUACCACUGACGGUGGUCCACUAUCAUCGGUGUUUGGAUGUUGCGCGAGUGUUGGGCUUAACUUUUCGACUUUGCUGUCUCUGGCUAAAUUAGGCGACGUGGGCGAGAUAGAUGUAUCUUGUAAGUCAAACGAGACGCAAGUGCAUAGAUCAAUGACAUGGCACAUGCAACCGUUUAUAGGAUUAGGUACUG